AUGGGGGCCGGCUCUCGGGGCCCAGUGUCCCGCGGCAGAGUCAGUGCUCGGGCUGUGCUUCCAUGGCUAGCCCCGUUAGCUGCGCUGGUGUCGGUGGUACAGAGCGGAGAGGUGGGAGAGGACAGCCGAGAGAGGGCAGGGGCAGGGAGGGGAGAAGGGAUCAGGCUGCCCGGCCCUGUGGCGUCCUCCACUGGUGAGCAUACGAACUACAAGCAUAUUCAGAACCACAACCCUCCGAGAGGAUUAAGCCCCUCUGCACGCCACAGCGCUGCUCUCAUUCUGCAAAGGUCUGUGUUUCAGCCUCCUUCACGGGUCUACUACGUGUACAAUGAGUUCCUCCUCUACAUGUCCAACGCACAAGUCCGCAACAAAGUGGUGGUCCUGACCGACGCUGUGUCUGGGGUGGGCUCAGAGCUGUCGCGGCUCCUCCAUCGCGGUGGUGCGCGCCUCAUCCUGUGUGGGACCAGCUGGGACAAACUGGAGUCUCUGUACGACACACUUUGCACAGAUGCAGACCCCCGAGAGACCGCGGCCCCGAAGCUGCUGCUGCUGGACUUCAGCGAGCCGGACAGUCUGGAGGAGGUGGUGGCGGAGCUGGUGGACUGCUAUGGCUAUGUGGACGUCCUCAUCUGUAACAGCAGUACCAAGGUCAAGGGCCCGGUCCAGAGCAUUUCCCUGGACGUGGACCGCAACAUCAUGGACAUCAACUACUUCGGCCCCUGCACUCUGGCCAAAGGGGUGCUCCCCACCAUGAUGGCCCGCAGAGGAGGCCACAUUGUGCUGGUCAACAGUGUCCACGCCAGGCUGGCAGUGCCCUUCAGGAGCUCAUACUCGGCCUCCAAGCACGCGGCCCAGGCCUUCUUCGACUGCCUGCGUGCGGAGGUGGAGGAGUUUGGCAUCACGGUCAGCACGGUCAGCCACACCUUCAUCAACGCCUCUGAGCCCCCCACCCCAGAGCCCACCCCCCAGGAGAGCCAAGGCAGCCUGCAGGGACGCCUCCGGGCCUGGCUGUCCCGUUAUCUGAGCCAUGGUGUGCGUCCCUCCACCCUGGCCCAGGAGGUGCUGCUGUCAGUGUCCCGCAGGAGAAGGGAGGUGCUACUGUCCCAUCCCCUCCCCAGAGCAGCCCUGUACCUGCGCUCUCUGCUGCCCCCUGUGCUCUUCUCUGUGCUGUCUGCAGGGGUGCGAGACUCGCCGCUCACUGAGCAGUGA